CCCCGGCUGCCGGCGAAGGAAGAAAAGUUUGGGGGCGACUUAGGGCCGCGGGAGCGCCGGAGGAGAAGGCGGAUGCGCGGUUUCCCCGGCUGAUCGGGAAGGAAGGAUGACCGAGGAGGAUGUGCACCAGCAGCCAGAUCAUCGGGAGCCUCCUGGUGCUCUCCGUGCUGGAGAUAGGGUUAGGGGUGUCCAGCGUGGCCGUGGGGGCGGUCAGUUUCAGCCUGGUCCUCACAGAGCAUAAACCUCAGCUGGGAGACUCUUCUCCGGUAUGGAGCGGGGUGUGUUUUCUGCUUUGCGGCAUAUGUGGAAUUUUGUGCGCCAAAAAAAAAUCUGGACUUGUUAUGAUACUUUUUUCUGCCUGUUGCAUCUGUGGACUAAUUGGAGGAAUCUUAAAUUUUCAAUUUCUUCGUGCUCUGACCAAGAAGUCUUCUGCUCUCUAUUCUUUGCAUCUUGCCUCCAUGUCUCUUGCAUGCAUUGGAAUUGGUGGUUGCACCCUUUCUUCAUGGCUCACUUGCCGGCUAGCCAGCUAUGAACAAAGGCGAAUGUUCUCAGAAAGAGAGCAUUCAUUGCAUCACUCCCAUGAAAUGGCAGAAAAAGAAAUGACAGACAACCUAAGCAAUGGUGGCCCACAUCUGAUUUACAAUGGAAGUGUAUACUAAGCGAUUUAAAAAGUUCCAUGGAAUGAAGUAUUUUCAGGAUUUUCUUCAGGAAAAAAAAUGGCUCCAGGAAAUUGAGAAAAUGGAACUAUCUUAGCUUUUAUGGCUCAAAUGUCACAACUGCAGAACAGCACAGUUGCAUUUGCCUUUUAGAAACAUGUUCAAAAUUUGUCUCCUACAUAUUUUGUGGACAUACAAUACUUAUUCACUUCCUGGCUACCCUCUUUUGUUUUGUUUUUUUGUCUGGAUAACUUUUCAGAAUUGUGAUAGUAUUGGAAAUAGACUUCUCAGAUUCAUCUUCUCAUGAAGACUCAAAACCAGAAAAAAUCAUUAAAAUGGACCACGUUAAACCCAAUCACAGGAUUCCUAAAGAAGAGGGAAGGGUGCAGAGGAAAAAUGGCUCAGAGGAAUGUUUUUCUCUUCCCCAGUUAGCAGCAUCUGGUGUCAUAUGAUGGCUUCAGAUCUCAUG